AUGGAGUUUCAGAUGAAUCGGGACUCGGAAAUUCUCAGAACUCAAAAGGAAUUUCAGAGAUUUCGGAAAAAGUUGUUUGAAGUGCACCUUAAACCUGAGAAAGUUGUUGCGAAGAAAUUCGAAAACUACAUUGACGAGAAUAAAUACGAAAUGCCAUCGGCCGACGAUAUUAGGCCACCGCUGGCCGACGGGACUGCAGCCCUGAGUGCGUUGGAGACGAAUGAACCCACCAAGGACACCGAUUAUGUAAACCCCACCGUGGACGUAACCACCGCCAAAGAUCUAGAGGUGGCCAAGGAUGGCGAUAAAGAAUCGCAACAUGGAGUGGAGCCGACCACGUGGACGGCAGACAUACUUGACGACAACGCCGUGCCGAUAACUGAUUAUCACCGGGAAACGGUUAAGGAAACUCCCAUACCCGGUUAUGACGACGACGACGACGACGACGAUGACGAUGAUGAUGACUAUGGGGAUGCCCAUGGCGACCAUGCUGAAGUAGACGAAAAUGCACAUGAGGAGAAGAAACUGGAAUGCGAGUCGUGA